AAAGAUGCGUUCAUCGAUGAUCUUCUCUCACGGAUGGAAAUCCCAGACCUCGUCCAACAGCUGCACCUUACUUUCGCCGAUAACAUCAUCGGCCCUGCAUCGGACAAUUCGCUCUACGACUAUGAAUUGCGCUUUACGCCCAAUGCCUCCAUAGGCCACAUGCACGAUUGGUACCCGCUCAACAAAACCUACUACAACGACCUCCAACGGCUUAAUAUUGAAAGCUCGAAGCUCAAGAUUCCUUUCUUGCACUGGGCCGAAUGCCUCCAUGGCGUAGGCAGCUUCGAACAGAGCAUGUUCCCGCAGGCUCUCGCUCUAUCGAACAGCUGGGACACCGAGCUCGUGCACCGCGUGGGAAGAGCGAUUGCCGCCGAAGCGCGAAGUAUCGGCGUUCACGCGUGCCUUGCGCCCGUGCUCGAUCUGUGCAAGGAUCCGCGCUGGGGCCGGUGUCAGGAGGACUGGGGUGAGGAUAAGGUCCUAACGUCGCACAUGGGUGUCGCUUUUGCGAGUGGCUUGUCGAAGAACGGGAGUUGGGCCGAGAGCGAUGCCGUGGCGCCGGUCAUGAAGCACUUUGCAGCUCAUGGAUCGCCGCAAGGUGGGAGUAACGGUGCGCCGUUCAUGGGACACGGAAAUCGCGAGGUGCUUGAGGAGCACCUUUUGCCAUUUAAGAGUGUAGUUGAUAAGGGUGGUGUGAGGGGGGUGAUGAUGGCGUACCAUGAGUUGGAUGACGUGCCAAGUCAUGUCAAUCCUAUGCUUUACAAGCAGUUGGACGAGUGGAAAUUUGAUGGAUUCGUGACUGCUGAUGAUACUGGCAUGAAACAAUUGCAGACAGGGCACAAGGUCGCUGACUCCCCAGCCGAUGCCAUCGGCCAAUAUUACAAGGCUGGAGGAAUGGUCCAAUUCUACGACUACCCUCUCUAUGAGCUGUUGAAUGCCACCAGAGGGCUUAUCGCCAAUGGCACGGUCGAAGAAGACUUACUUCGAGAAAAGGUCCGCAAGGUGCUUGGGGUCAAGUACGACCUUGGACUGUUCGACAACCCCUACAUCCCCGACGAUGUUGAUCCUUACCAACUUACUAUCAGUCACAUCCCCCUCACCUUGGAAUCAGCGCAGAAGAGCAUGGUGCUGUUGGAAAACAGGAAUAAGACCCUACCACUGAGAAACACGAGUAGUGAAACCAUUGCAUUGAUCGGUCCCUUUGGAGACAUCCUAAAUUAUGGCGAUUACUCCGGCCAGUACGGGAUGGCUCCUGUGGCCAACUCGACCACACUCCGGCAAGGCAUCUUAACUCAUCUUGAGGGUACCAAUGGGAAGCUCGUGUCUAGCAUGGGCGCGAACACCUGGCUGUACAACGCACACUACCCCAUUCCCCCAUAUCACCUGUCAGCCAAAGGCUCCUCUGGGGGUCUUCAAGCUACGUACUAUGCAGAUACUAACUUCAGCGAACCAACCGUGCAGAGGAUCGAAACACCAGUGGGAUCUUGGGGCUUGUACCCUCCAUCCGGUCUCUCAUCCAACAACUUCAGCGUAAUCUGGGAAGGCGAACUAGACCCUGCAGUCAACGGCGACGUAGAUGGCUGGCUAGGCGUCGCGGUCGGCGCCAAUACCACCGCAAGGAUCUUUAUAGACGGCCACCUGCACGUCGACGUCCCUCUGACUACCGCCGGGAACAUUCUUUCCAACAUCCCUGACCGCUCCUACUCCAUCAACAACAGCACGCAGGCGCCGCCCGGCUCCGAGCCGUUCACUUUCAAGGAAGGCCAAACCUACCACAUCCGCCUGGAAUACCAAACCUGGAACCUCUAUCAGAAGAUCGAGAAUCUUGGCUCACUCAACUCCCAGGUCUACCUCUUCUGGAACCUCGUCGACCGCACCGAUCCCGUAAGGAAAAGCGUCGCCCUCGCGCGCACCGCAGACGUCAUCGUCCUCACACUGGGCGGCGCAUGGAACAGCGACGGCGAGUCCGGCGACCGCGCCACCAUGAACUUCGCCGCGAACCAGACCGCGCUCGCAGAAGCCAUCUUUGCGCUGGACAAGCCCGUCGUCUUGGUCCUCCACGGCGGCCGCCCUUUUGCUGUCCCGGAGUUCUACGCCCGCGCCGCCGCUGUUGUGGAUGCGAAUUUUCCAGGGCAGAACGGCGGCCAGGCGAUCGCGGAUGUGCUGUUUGGCACGACGAAUCCUGGCGGGAGGCUGACAGUUAGUGUACCUGUGCAUGUGGGGCAGCUGCCUGUGUACUACAACUACAAGCAGACGGCGAAGAAGAAGUGGUAUACCGACAUCGAGUCGCUGCCCUACUAUCCGUUUGGGUACGGGCUAUCAUAUACUAGCUUCAACGUGUCGAACUACCGCGGCCAGACCGCCCGGGGUUCCACGUCCAACUUCACGGCAACAGAUUCACUCGUAUUUGAAGCUGAAGUCACGAACACCGGGGACAUGGCGGGGAGCUAUGUGGCGCAGGUGUAUCUGCUACAGCGCGUGAGUGCGAUUUCACAGCCGCUGAAGCAGCUGGUGGCGUUCCAGAGGGUGUAUGUUGGGGCGGGGGAGACGGUGACGGCAAGGAUGGAGGUCGAGGUCGAGAGGUACUUAAGGAUGUUGGAUCGGGGGUAUGAGUGGGUGGUGGAGAAGGGGACGUAUACGUUUGCAAUG